AGCACUUGCCACCACCGGCCACGACGAUGUCCAACUUCUCUCCCCGCCAUGCACCCUCUGCGUUUUCGAUGCCAGCGUCGACCACCCUCUUCCGCAGACUGAUAUGGGAGGGCACUGUCCCGCUCGAGAUCCGCGUAGAUGCAAAGGAGCUGCCCGCCAACAGCGAACGCGGACUCGAAUGCUACUAUGUACAGGCGCCCCGUGUCAGCUACCUCCCGCUUCUUGUUCCAGAGCUCAAGCGUUUCCUGAUGGACAUCGUUUUCGAUGAGGCCGCCGGGCGCGUUGUGAAGGAGGAAGAUUGGUGGUUUGAGAGCAAGGAGGGCAACUUGCUUAAGUGGCACUGGCCCGUUGGUCUCAUUUACGACUACCAUGUAAUCAACAAUCGCGCGAAUGCGUCUCCGAACCAGUCCAUGCCUCUUCGGCUAAUUCUCCAUCUCGCUUCUCCGCCUACGGACAAGCUAUUCUUAGCUUCGAGUGCGGAAGCAUGCAAGCAAGCAUUCAUGGGCCAACUUAAAGAAGCAGACUUUAUCAGAUGGGGAAACACCAAACGGAUGACAGGUCUACGGAAGGCAGAGCAGGAUGGACUGUGGGAGGGGAUCAAGGAACACAAGUUUGAAGAGUACUGGCGCGUCGCAUCUAAGAUAACGCCGACAACUUCUCCCGUGCGACCAUCAUCCCCGCCUCCAACGUCGUCCACCUCUAUGCACACCAGGCCACCGUCAGCAGACCCUGGGUCAAACGGAGCCCCAGAUCGGGAUGAUGCCUACAAUGUGCGCAGCGUGCCUGUCCGCAUAUACCUGCCAGAUGGAUUGGUUCUGCAGGACCUUGUGGCGCCCAUGCUUGACGACGGUUCAACGCAUACACUUUCACGCUUCCUCACGACACAUUUGCCGCCCCUCUUCCCUCCAGAUCGAAACCCCCUUGCCUUUGCCCUCAUCCAAGGGGUACUUGCUCCACCAGAUGCGGAGAUGGCGUGGCUAGGUGCGUGCAUGGCAGGUGCUGAUGGCUGGGUGAAUGUAUGUGUAGGCCUGUUGCAAGACGGAACGCAUGCGUUCCAGUGAUUCACCUUUGUGAGACAGGCCUGCUAGCUGUCCACCUAGACUUGCCCGGUAUAAAAACAUCACUACAAUAUUUGUUCUCUGAACGUGAGGUUGUAGUG